AAAACGUCACGUGUGCCUGGUGAUUAAUCGCACAGUGUGGGGGUGAUCGGGUCGCGUUGGAUGUAUCAGCAUCUCUAAAACACCUGGGAUUUGUCUGCCGUUACAUCAGUGGAAGCUGAGGGCAUGGGGGCAAGGUCGGAGUCUCUGAUCGGAGUUGUAUUACUUUUCCAGUUGUUGGCUGAUCGGUUAUGGUGUGCGGCAACAGCAUCGGACUCGCUUUACGAUGUGUCUUACUCAAUCACUGCCAUCAAGCCCAGAGUGGAUGAAAUGGUUUCGGUGGACACACACAUGUAUAGCCACAGAUGGAAGCGACAGUCAGUGGAUACAAACAGACCUAGUGUUGGACAAGACUUUCCUGACAUGUUCCUUGAAGGUACAAAUGAAAAUGGCACAGAGAUUGAGGAGGAUACUGAUCACAAGUACUACACUUCCAGAACUUAUGGACCACUGGAUUCUGCCAGUCGGGAUUUAUGGGUGAACAUUGAUCAGAUGGAAAAAGAAAAAGUGAAGAUUCAUGGAAUACUUUCAAACACACAUCGUCAAGCUGCGAGAGUGAACCUGUCCUUUGAUUUUCCAUUUUACGGCCAUUUUCUACGUGAAAUUACUGUGGCGACCGGAGGUUUUAUUUAUACAGGAGAAGUGGUCCAUCGAAUGCUGACCGCCACGCAGUAUAUUGCUCCCUUAAUGGCCAAUUUUGAUCCGAGCGUGUCCAGAAAUUCAACCGUCAGAUACUUUGAUAAUGGUACUGCGCUUGUUGUUCAAUGGGACCAUGUCCAUUUACGGGACAACUACAGCCUUGGGAGUUUCACAUUCCAGGCCACGCUAAUUAAUGAUGGGCGGAUAGUAUUUGGCUAUAAGGAUAUUCCUGUUCCAGUGAUGCAGAUAAGCUCGACCAAUCAUCCAGUCAAAGUGGGGCUGUCAGAUGCCUUUGUGGUCGUUCACAAGAUUCAGCAAAUUCCCAAUGUUCGUAGAAGGACCAUUUUCGAGUAUCACAGAGUGGAGUUGGAAAUGACCAAAAUUACAAGCUUCUCUGCUGUUGAGAUGCUGCCACUAGCAACCUGUCUCCAGUUUAACAGCUGCAGUUCUUGUGUCUCAUCCAUGAUUGGCUUCAAUUGCAGCUGGUGCAAUAUUCUCCAAAGAUGUUCCAGUGGAUUUGACCGUCACCGACAAGACUGGGUAGAAAAUGGCUGCACCGAAGAGUCCAAAGAUACAGUUUGUGACGACCUGCUUCAGACGACUGGGAUUUCUCAUCAUACAACCACAGGACUUCAUGCAACAACCUCAAUAUAUGCUUUCACUACAACCACAAGAAUGGCAUCCCAUUUUCCCAGCAACCUUCCAACCGAAGAUGACACAAAAAUAGCUCUUCAUCUCAAAGACAACGGAGCCUCUACAGAUAACAGUGCGGCCGAGAUGAAAACUGGAACCUUACACACGGGAUUAAUCAUAGGAAUACUAAUCUUGGUUCUGCUUAUAAUUACGGCCAUUCUUGUGGCAGUCUAUAUGUACCAUCAUCCAACAUCAUCGGCUAGUCUCUUUUUAAUUGAGCGCCGUCCAAGCAGGUGGCCAGCCAUGAAGUUUAGAAGAGGUUCAGGACAUCCUGCCUAUGCUGAAGUGGAGCCCAUUGGAGAAAAAGAAGGUUUUAUUGUCUCUGAGCAAUGUUAAAAUUUUUGAACAAAACACCAGUACUGGUUUUUGGUGGGACAUUGAAUUUUUUGAUAUGUUUUCCAAGGAAAGCUGUGAGCUACCGAUGCUGAAGCAGAAAAUGAUUUCUGGCAAGAGCUAAUAAAGAUGAAAGAGCUUUUUCUCUCUCAUAUU